GGCACGGUUGGAGGAUAUUUCUUGGCUGGACGUACGAUGACCUGGUGGCCAGUUGGUGCAUCUCUGUUUGCCAGCAACAUUGGUAGUGGUCACUUUGUUGGCUUGGCAGGCACUGGAGCAGCUAGUGGCAUUGCUGUGGGCGGGUUUGAGUGGAAUGCUCUGUUCAUUGUGCUGCUGCUGGGCUGGCUGUUUGUACCUGUCUACCUCACAGCUGGGGUGAUCACGAUGCCACAGUACCUGAGGAAGCGGUUCGGAGGGACCAGGAUCAGCCUCUAUCUCUCCAUUAUCUCUUUGUUCCUCUACAUUUUCACCAAGAUCUCAGUAGAUAUGUUUUCAGGAGCUGUAUUUAUCCAACAGGCUUUAGGGUGGAACAUCUAUGUGGCUGUCAUUGCCCUUCUGUUAAUCACUGCCUUGUACACUAUCACAGGUGGCCUGGCUGCUCUGAUGUAUACUGACACAGUUCAGACCUUUGUCAUCAUUGCUGGGGCCUUUGUCCUCACCGGCUUCUCUUUUGCAGAAGUAGGAGGCUACAGCUCUCUGCUGGCCCAGUACGGUUCUGCUUUGCCACGUAAUUUCUCUUCCAUGGACCCCAAGCGUUACAACAUCUCCCAACAAUGCUACACCCCCAGACAGGAUGCCUUCAGUCUGCUGAGAGACCCGACCACAGGGGACCUGCCAUGGCCGGGCGUGUUGUUUGGGAUUGCUAUACUGGGAGGCUGGUACUGGUGCACAGACCAGGUGAUAGUCCAGAGGUGCCUUGCAGCUCGUAGUCUCAGCGACGUGAAGGCCGGCUGCAUCAUGUGUGGCUACCUCAAACUGCUACCAAUGUUCCUCAUGGUGUUCCCAGGCAUGAUCAGCAGGGUCCUCUACCCAGAUGAGGUUGGCUGUGUAGUCCCUGAGGUGUGUAAGCAGGUGUGUGGGACUGAGGUGGGCUGCUCCAACAUUGCUUAUCCUAAACUGGUGGUGUCACUCAUGCCAAAAGGUUUACGAGGCCUGAUGCUGGCUGUGAUGUUAGCUGCUCUCAUGUCCUCUUUGGCCUCCAUCUUUAACAGCAGCAGCACUCUGUUCACCAUGGACAUCUGGACCCGCAUCAGACCACAGGCCACAGAGCAAGAGCUCAUUAUUAUAGGCAGAGUCUGGGUGCUGUGCAUCGUAGCAAUCAGUAUCUGUUGGAUCCCAGUUGUCCAGGCGGCACAGAGUGGUCAGCUGUUCGAUUACAUCCAGUCAAUCUCGAGCUACCUGGCUCCCCCUAUCGCCUCCGUCUUCCUGCUGGCUGUGUUUGUGAAAAGGAUCAAUGAAAUGGGUGCAUUCUGGGGCCUGAUAGGCGGUCUGGUGAUAGGCCUGUGUCGGAUGUUGCCUGAGUUCUGGUUCGGCACUGGCAGCUGUAUUUUCCCUUCUGACUGCCCCUUCUUGGUGUGUGGGAUCCAUUACCUCCAUUUUGCCAUCAUACUCUUCUUCUGUACAUCAGCGCUGGUGCUGCUUGUCAGCUACUGUUCUGAGCCUAUAGAGGAUCAACAUCUCCAUCGUCUGGUGUUCAGCCUGCGUCACUCAAAAGAGGAGAGAGAAGAUUUGGACUGGGAACAAGUAGAUAAAGGGAGGAGAGCCCGCAGAGAGGCUAAGGAGAGGAUGAAAGAGAAUAGUGUUGCAGUGGCUGAGGAGGAAGAAAAGUCUGGUAUCCGUCACCUGGUUGGCCGUUUCUGUGGAGUAACCAGUGGCUCCCAGGACCUUGAGCAAGAAGCAACAGAGGCACCAGAGCAGAUGCCUGACAUUAGAGAGGACCUAGUGUGGAAGUACACUGUGGAUGUGAAUGCUCUCAUUAUGAUGGCUGUAGCAGUUUUUAUGUGGGGUUACUAUGCUUAAGAGAGAGAUGCUUUCCUAGGGGAAAUGGGUAUUAAAAUGUGAAUUUGUAUCUUGAUGUAACUGGGUUAAAUCACUCUGUUGGGGUGGUACAGUACUGCAAGUCAAUCUUUAAGCUGCUUAAAAAUAAAUACAGCAGUGUUGCCGUCUGUUGGUGGCAACUUGUCACUACACUGAACAUACCUUUCUUUUUCAAAAGCAUUCACAGUAGGGUCAU